GCCGCGGCCGCGCGGUGCUCUGGCUCAGAGAUGCGGAGACCGGUCCAGGUCCUCGAGCGGGGCCUUCCUCCUCGUGCAGCCCCCUCGGCCUGGAAACCCCGGCCGCGCGGGCACCGCCCUCGGGAAGAAGGGGGACCCUCCCCGGCCCGGCUCCCUCCAUCACUCUGUGGCUGAGAGCAGUGCUUCAGACCGCAGAGCUCCCAGCGCCCCCCCAGCCCCAUUGGCGUGCCACCUCUCCGUGCCUCGGGGCCGCGUCUGGAAAACGGGUGUCGUGACGGCACCCGCUUGGUGGGGUUCUCGUAGGAUUUCAUGAGUUGGUGAUGUAAAGCCCUCAGCAGAGUGCUUGCCCCUUAAUCGCUUGGCUGCUCUUCUCAGUCUUCCGCACAGCGGUGGAGACUGUGUGUGUGUUGCUUCGAUGAGUGAAUGGAGGUUGGACAGGGUUUGAACAGAGAAUUGUGAAAAGCAUUAGGCCUAAGUGAGGGUGACAAGGUGGGUUUUAUUCUGGAGGUGAGCAGGGUCGGGAAUGGAACAGAGAGUGUAUGUGAAGGCUGCCAUAACCAAAUACCACAGCCUCGUGGGGGCCAUGAACGACAGACAUUGAUUUUCUCACAGUUCCGGGAACUGAAAGUCCAAGAUCAAGGUGUUAGUGAGAUAGUAAUCUAUACCAUCUUGGUAUAGAUUUGUAGCAUUUAGAACAGGAGGAUGCUUUAGAGAUUAUGUAACCCAGUGGGGGAUGGCUCCACCUUGACAGAUGAAAAAAAACUGAGGCCCAGAAUCUCCAUCCAUCCCAAAACCGUGUAUUGAGUACCUACUGUGUACAAGGCACUCUUUUUUUUUUUUUUGAAAAGGGUUUUUAUUUUCUUUUUUUUUUGGCACACGGGCUUAGUUGCUCCAUGGCAUGUGGGAUCUUCCUGGAGCAGGGAUCAAACCUGUGUCCCCUGCAUUGGCAGGCAGAUUCUUAACCACUGCGCCACCUAGGAAGCCCAAGGCACUCUUCUAGGUACCAGAGAUGAGGCUGAUCAACAAGACAGAAGAUUUUUGUUUCUUGUGACAAAGUCUCCUGGAUGGUGGAGCAUGGACCCAGUUGCUACUCACAGCUGCCAUCUCCUCCAGCAGCUGCAUGAGCAGCGUAUUCAAGGCCUACUCUGUGACUGCAUGUUGGUGGUGAAAGGAGUCUGCUUUAAAGCACAUAAGAAUGUUCUAGCAGCUUUCAGCCAGUACUUUAGGAGCCUCUUUCAGAAUUCUUCAGGCCAGAAGAAUGACAUUUUCCACUUGGACAUUAAAAAUGUAAGCGGCAUCGGGCAGAUCCUGGACUUCAUGUACACGUCGCAUCUGGAUCUUAACCAGGACAACAUACAAGUCAUGCUGGACACGGCACAGUGUUUGCAAGUUCAGAAUGUUCUGAAUCUGUGUCACACAUUCUUGAAGUCAGCCACUGUAGACCAGCCACCUGGCCUGCCUUGUCACGGUACCUUCUCCCUGCAAAGCGCUUUGACUCCUGACGCUAAUUGUGUCAUCAGUGAGAACUACAGCCCGCAUUUGCUGCAGGAGUGCGCAGCAGGUGUCCAGCAGGGUAGCGUGGUGGAUGAGUCACACUCUCGUGCCCCACCCUCAGUUAGUCUUCAUCCUUCCACAGCUGAAACCUCAAAACAAGCCCCUGAUACCUUAGAUGGCAGCUGCACAGAACUGCCUUUCAAACAGCCAAACUAUUACUACAAGCUCAGAAACUUGUACAGCAAGCAGUACUAUAAACAAGCCACCUGUCCCAGUCACGAAAGAAUAAUUGAGCAGCCUUUCACUUUCAGCACAUCCUCAGACCUUCAUGGCGAGGAACACCAGCCCUGUGCUGUUGGUCACGCUGAGUGUGUCCUGGAGUCCUCCGAGCACUUGCCUUCCAACUUCCUGGCCCAGCCUUUGAGUGAACCUGCUCCAGACCCUGAGCCAGACAACGCAAGCCAACAACCUACCAGACAGAUGAGGCUAAAGAAGGCUGUUCACCUUAAGAAGCUGAAUUUCCUAAAGUCACAGAAAUCUGCAGAGCAGACAUGUGAACCCAAAUCAGAUGACAGUUUAACCAAGAGGAUAGAAUCUGCCAGUGAACAUAGUGUAGAGAAAGUUAACAGCCAAAGUGCUGAAGGAAAAGGAAGUGAAGAACUCAGUUCUGAGAAUUUUAACUGCAUGAAUGAGAUGGAGAGCCCCGAAGACCCUGCAGCCCUAGAAGACCAAUCCCAGACGCUUCAGUCUCAGAGACAGUACACGUGUGAAUUGUGUGGAAAACCUUUUAAACACCCCAGCAAUUUGGAGCUUCACAAACGGUCUCAUACAGGUGAGAAACCUUUUGAAUGUAACAUUUGUGGGAAACAUUUCUCUCAGGCAGGUAAUUUGCAGACUCACUUACGUCGGCAUUCCGGGGAGAAACCAUACAUCUGCGAAAUCUGCGGGAAGAGGUUCGCAGCCUCUGGUGAUGUCCAGCGUCACAUCAUUAUUCACUCAGGAGAAAAACCACACUUGUGUGACAUCUGUGGUCGAGGGUUCAGUAACUUCAGUAAUUUGAAAGAGCACAAAAAGACACACACGGCUGAUAAAGUCUUCACCUGUGAUGAGUGUGGAAAGUCUUUUAACAUGCAGAGGAAAUUGGUAAAGCACAGAAUUCGGCACACGGGUGAGCGGCCUUACAGCUGCUCUGCCUGCGGAAAAUGUUUUGGAGGAUCUGGGGACCUCCGCAGGCACGUCCGCACGCACACAGGGGAGAAGCCGUACACGUGUGACAUCUGUAACAAGUGCUUCACCCGCUCUGCCGUGCUGCGGCGGCACAAGAAGAUGCACUGCAGGGCCGACGACGAGGGCCAGGAUGCUCUGGAGGAGCUCACGCAGGCCAUCGAGACCUCCGACCUGGAGAAAUCUCAGAGCUCGGAUUCUUUUUCCCAGGACGUGUCCGUGACUUUGAUGCCCGUGUCUGUUAAAAUCCCCAUCCACCCAGUGGAAGAAGACUCGGUGGCAGAAUUUGACAGCCACUGUAAGUUCCGGUCUAUGGUUCAGCCUCACGGAGUGAGUGAGCAGGAGAAGCUCAGCUUGGAUCCCACCAAGCUCACCAAGCCCCACCUGCCACAGGCACAGCACCAGGCCUACAGCUACCCGGACAUGGAGGCCUCGGCGGGCGCAGAGCCGCUGCAGGCUGACGGUGUGGCCGCGGUCCGCUCGUCCCUGGCCACCCUGGACCAUCACUGUGCCGACCCCCUGGGCAGUCGCGCAUCCGCCCCUGCCUACAGGAACUCGGAGGGACAGUUCUUCUCCAGCAUGACCCUCUGGGGGCUGGCAAUGAAGACGCUGCAGAAUGAAAGUGAGCUGGAUCAGUGAGGUCCUCCGUCAGCAUCUCAGCAUCAGGGCCGGCUCUGGCCCGAAAGGAACCGAACCGUGUCCCUCCUGACGGGAUGGUCGUGGGAAGUGCCUUGAGCUCAGCAUGUGGGAAGAAAGGCCUCCUGGCACAUUGUGGAAAUGGGUGGGGGACUGAACAAGGCUCGUGCCCAGAAGGCUUGAGAGACCAUCUCCCAGACGUGGUGUAAACUGUGUGUAACUCCUGUACAUUUCGGUCAUGGUAAAGGGAAAAUAUAUAUAUAAUAAUACAAAUAUUAUUUUUGCAUUUUUACAUCAUGGAAAUUUGUAGCAUUUUGUAUCUUUAUUUACAAAGAUUUUAUUUGUAUAGGAAACUCAUACUAUAAUUUAAUUUGAAUAAAUGAAAGUUGCC